AUGGCUGAUUCAACCGCUCCUGCCGCUGCUCCCGCCGACGUUGGCGCCGUCCCCACGCCUGCCGACGAGCAGCCCGGUUUCAAGGCAAGUUGCCCAGCGACCUACGCUUAUCUCCAGGUCUUUGCUGGCAACCUCGCAUACGCGACCACCGACGAGGGCCUCAAGACUUUCUUCAGCCCGGUUGCUGAUGACAUCAUCUCCUGCCAGGUCAUCCUCCGUGGCACUCGUCCAGCGGGCUAUGGCUUUGUUGCCUUCAACACCGCCGAAGCUGCCCAAAAGGCCGUAGAUCUCCUCAACAAAAAGGAGCUCGACGGUCGCACGCUCAUCGUCGAGAUCGCCAAACCUACAGAGGAAAAGCAAAAGGAAAAAAAGGAGAAGCGUGCUUCCAAGAAACGCACCAGCAAAAAAGCCAAUGCAACCACCGAUGCAGCAGAGCAGCCAACCACAAACGGCACUGCCGAUGCUCCCGCGACAAAGGACGUUGCUGAGAACGGCACGAACACAGACGGCGCUUCCAAGUCCAAGAAGAAACGCAAUAUUCGCAAGCCCAAAAAGGCAAAGUCAGCAGACAAGGAGAAAGACGCUCCUGCUGACAACGGUGCUACUGAGACCGCCCCCGCGGCCGCUGAACCCAAAGCUAAGAAGGUCAAGGCCCCCAAAGCUCCCAGACCGCCUAAACCUACUCGUCCCGUCGGUGAAGCCCCAGAGGGAGAGCCAUCCAAGACGAUGCUCUUCGUCGCCAACCUCGGUUUCUCAGUCGACGACGCCGCCCUCUCCGAGCUCUUUACCUCUGCCGGAAUCACUGUCAUCUCUGCUCGUGUCGUCCGUCGCCGAUGGGGCCAGCCUCGUCGCUCCAAGGGAUACGGCUUUGUCGACGUUGGCUCUGAGGAACAGCAAAAGAAGGCCAUCGAGCUCCUCCAAGGCAAGGAGAUUGGAGGAAGGGAAAUUGUCAUCAAGAUUGCCGUCAACUCUCAAGAAAGAGAGGCUGCAGAGCAAAAGUAUGCUACCGGCGAGGCUGCUACCAACAAUGUGCCUUCGCCCGCAGCCGCCACUGCCUAA